AUGGAUGAUGAAACUGUUUCCGGUUUCCACGAGCGAUUGGUGAAUCUGGAGCACCAGAUCUUACCGUCAUACUCUGGAGCUCGCGAGAACGAUUCGAUCCGUGAACAGAUAUACGAUAGGUUACAGCGAUUGCACGGAUUUGAGGCCGAAAAUCCGGAAAUUCGCCAGUUCUUUAGUUUACUGAGAGCAAACGGUAUGUACCUUGAUCUUCCAGGUUUGGGAAAGCCACAGUCAACGGAAGAUAUAAAUGUCAAAAGGGCUGUCGUUCUUUCACAGCUGGAUUCAAUGCGUAAGCUAUUGGCCAAGUAUGAUGAAAUGUUGUUGCUUGUUCCCGUGCUCGACAGACUCAAUACGUCCAUUUCGCAGUUACCCCACGGCUUUGAGAGUGAGAUCGACAUGAUGAGAGUGGCCCUAAAUAAGGUGGUAUCUAAGUUCAACAAACUAAGUCUGAGGUCUAUUGAGACAGUGGAGUAUGUUGCUCAGUGUGUUCAGCGAGAGAACCAGAAUUGGGCUGACGUUGAGAGCAGGUUGAGGGCGAUAGAGCAGAGACUGGACGUGAAACUUGCGCAGAAUUCAGUGUAA